AUGGCUCUAAAAUGCAGGCUCUCAGAUGAGGACACGUGUGGGCAAGGAGCUAUUUCUGCCAGCUUUGGGAACAUCUCCGUCAAACAGGCCAGAGAUGAGCCCAGGGUGAUGGGCAGGCAUGUGGCCAUCGCCACGAGUCUGCAUAUAUGUUGCUGUCAUUCCCUGAACCUGGUCUCAGGCACGUUAGCCGGUGACCACGGCGGGCUGAACCGCGAUUACGCCUUGGUGACGCCGGUGGAGGUGGACUCGCUGGGCAGGUACGUCACACACGACGUGACCAGGCAUGGCCGCAGCCGGCGCUCUCUCCCGGCAAUGCCGCCGACGCCACCGGGCCCCGUUCACUACCGCAUGUCUGCGUUCGGCCGGGACUGGCACCUGGAGCUGACGCCGUCGGCCGUGCUGGCCCCCGGCUUCACCGUGCAGACGCUGGGGUCAGAGGGGAUCGCCACGGAGAUGACCCCUGACCCCGCUAUCCACGGAUGCCUCUACCAAGGGAUUAUACGCAACCACACGGCCUCGUCAGCAGCGAUAUCUACCUGCGCAGGACUGGUGAGUUUGACAGCAGCCCCCCAGGUAUGUGAGCAGGGUGGGCAGUAG